AUCGAAACAUGGCGCAGUUUAAUCUCGAGCUUUGUUCCUGUGUAGUUGUUCUCGUUGUAUUUCUUCCUCUGGCUUCAGUGCCAGCACACCAGCCAAGAAUGGUCGCCUGAACUACACAUCAGGAUCAUCAUGGUGUGCAGGAACAAGUGACAAAAACCCAUAUCUACAGAUUGAUCUACAGAUACUUCAUAUCAUCUGUGCUGUGUCCACCCAAGGGAAUUCUCAAGCAGAUCAGUGGGUGAAAAAUUACACACUGCAAUUAUCUUCAGAUGGGACAAUUUGGACAGACUACAAAGAAGGUGGCCAAAUCAAGUUUCUGAGAGGAAAUGAUGACAGGAACUCGGAAGUGAAGCAUGUUGUUUAUGGAGUGCUAACAAGAUAUCUGCGAUUCCUGCCACGAACACACCAGGGUGGGGUGUGUAUGAGAACAGAGGUAUUUGGAGUGAAAAAAAAUCCAACUUGUGAAAUGGAGGCCAUUGGUUUGGCGUUUGGUGGUACAAUUCCAGAUAGCAGCUUCUCUGCCUCAUCGCAUUAUGAUCAUAGGUAUAAACCCUCUAAUGGUCGACUGAAUGGAAAUAGCCGGGGUUGGGCACCCAAAACUGAGAACGAUCCUGCUGACUACCUCCAAAUUGACUUUCUGUAUGAGUAUGUUAUCUGUGCUGUUGCUACUCAAGGAGCUCAUGGUAUCAUGGAAUGGACGAGAAAGUAUAAGAUUCUCUUAUCAAUGGAUGGUACCAGCAUGGUCACUUAUCAAGAAAAUAAUGUUGACAGGGUCUUUCCCGGAAACUCCAAUCAAAAUGGCAUCGUAAAAAACAGUCUACAGGAAUUUGCAGGUGCAAAGUUUAUCUUCUUUCAGCCAACAACAUACAACACGUGGAAGGCUCUUAGAGUGGAAGUUUAUGGAAUACUUCUAACAAAAGUUCCAUCACAACCUCCCACUGCCUUCAAGUUGACCGCAAGCUCUUCGACCAGCAUUAUAGCUUCCUGGCAGUUACCACCAGUUCCUGCCAGACAUGGAAGGACUAUUACAGGAUUUAAACUGUUCUACAAAAAGGAAGGUUUUGGUGGGUCAGAAACAAAUUUGACUAUGAACGGUGGAUCAAUGUUAAAUAUAAGUGUCACUGGGCUUGAUAAGUUCACAGAAUAUGAAUUCCAAGUGCUGGCCUAUACUUCUGAUGGUGAUGGACCAAAGAGCCCUGUUGUGGUGAAGAGAACAAAGGAAGAUGCUCCUAGUGUACCUUUAUCUUUAUCUUCUGUUGACGUGUCACCCACCAAUUCGCAUGGUCCAAGACUAACCUUGACCUGGAGUGAGCCUGCAGAACCAAAUGGGGUUAUCAGAAGUUACACUUUGUUUUAUAGUCGCAAUGGAGUUGCACCAAAAGAGAUUUCUCGAAUAGACAAAGAUGCAUCAAAUUACACAGUUGAUGUGUUUGGUGGAAUGACUUAUCAGUUUAAUGUCACAGCUGUGACUAUUAAACCUGGACCAUAUGAGACGAUAACUGUAACUACCAGGACAUAUGCUCCUAAAGCUCCGGUUCCACAUAAUGUGAGUGAUGUUGAGGUUUCUGAGACAGCUGUUGAUAUUUUUCUGUGGCCAGUUGAACAAAUAAAUGGUCCAAUAAGUGCUUAUCAAGUUAUUGUUCUGAAAGUUGUCAAUGGUGUUGAAGAGCUUCCGGAAAAUUAUGAUUCACAACUGAAAGCUGCCAGUGAUGCAAAGAACGAUGACGUGAACUUUUACAUUGCUGCUGAGAUAGGAAAUGUCCCAGCGCUCAAAGGACCUUGGAAAUUUACUGUUGGCGACGGUGAAAAAACUGGAAACUAUUUGAAUAAAGAACUUGAAAAAGGACAAAACUACAUUGUGUAUGAGAGAGCUCUAACUAAAACCACGAAGGAAGUACUAAGAGGAGAAGUAGGGAGCGUUGCCAAAAUUUCUAUCACCCCGGCCAUUACGGGUGGAAGAGAGGAAAAGUCCAGCGGUUUUAAUGUCGUUGCUGUUGCUGUACCUGCAGUUCUGUUGCUACUCCUUAUUCUAGCAGUUGUAGUUGCUGUCCUCUUAUACCGGAGGAGAAGGGAGACAAGAUCCCAAAGUGCCAGUGAAAGACCUGUCCAAUUUGAUGACCUUCAAAACGGUUAUGAAAACCUUGGCGCGAGUACAUCAAGUUUGGUUUAUCAGAAUGUAGGAGACAGUCGUCUGUCAAUUAAAGGUAUUGAACAACAGCCUGACGGUGGAGAGGAAGAGGCUACCUACAGUGAGGCUGACGAUGGUAAGCCCAAACCAAUUCCUGUGGCUAAUUUUGAAAAAUACUUCAAGAGAGGUUCUGAAAACGGUGCUAUUGUACUGCGAGAGGAAUAUAAGAAUUUACAGGGCGAUAUGCUGUUUCCUUGUGAGAUUGGCCAGAGUAACAGAGGCAAGAACCGUUAUGGAAACAUCGUUUCAUAUGAUCAUUCUCGUGUUGUUUUGGAGGAAAUAGAGGGUGAUAAAAAUUCCAGCUACAUCAAUGCAAGCUACAUUCCGACCUACGACGAGGUCACCAUGACUUAUAUCGCCACACAAGGUCCAACUUCUACAACUGUCGAUGAUUUCUGGCGACUGGUCUGGCAGGAAAACUGUUCCACCGUUGUGAUGCUUACAAACCUGGUUGAGGGGGGAAAGGGUAAAUGCGAUCAGUAUUGGCCGGAUCACACUUCCAAAUAUGGUGCUUUCACAGUUACUCUUCAAAAGACUGAAACUUUCGCCGAUUACGUCAUCAGGUCAUUGAUUGUGACGAAGGAUUCAGAAAAAAGGAACGUGCACCAGUUUCAUUACGUCACUUGGCCAGACAAAGGCGUCCCACAACAUUCCACAGCUCUACUUGGAUUUAGACAAAAGAUUCAUGCCAGACACCAGGCUACUGGUGGACCACUUCUUGUGCACUGCAGUGCUGGCGUUGGUCGAACUGGCGCAUACAUUGCUAUCGACGCUAUGUUGGAGAGUGCUGAGAAGAUUAAAACUGUGUUCAUACAGAAUUACGUGCAAGUAAUGCGUAGAUCUCGUCCUUACAUGGUGCAGAAAGCUGAACAGUAUGUUUUCCUGCAUCAAGCAGUGAUGGAGGCCUUGGUAUGUGGAAAUACAGAGAUUAUCCCUCAGGACCUACGAAUUGUGAUGAACAAGCUUUCCAUGGCGCAUAAACCAUCCAAAAAGACUGGAUAUGAGCGAGAGUUUAAGCGCUUGGAACUUGUAACAAACGCCCAGGCUUCUCAAGAGGAAGCAAAGGAAGCAUUUCUGCCUGAAAACGCUGUCAAGAACAGAUUCCCCAACACUGUUCCGCUGGACAAUGCUCGAGUGCACUUACAAGCUUCCUCACAAGAAGAGAGUUACAUCAAUGCCUCAUAUGUGGAUGACUAUAGAGAACGGAAUGCAUACAUCCUGACUCAAGCGCCAUUAGAAAACACCAUUAAAGACUUCUGGCUGAUGAUUUCUUUGUAUAAUAUUGGCACAGUUGUAAUGUUGAGUAACUUGAAAGAAGGAAGGCAGAGUUACCCAAAAUACUGGCCAAGUGAGGGAUCCGCCAGGUAUGGUGUAGUCACUGUUCAGCUUUUGUCCCAAGAAACCUCGAACAAUAUAACUACCAGACGAUUUACCUUAGAGAAUGCAGCGUCUCAUGACAGGAAGUCAACUAUACAGCAUAUACAGUACACCGGUUGGGCCGAUGGAAACUCGUGCCCAGAUCCCAAGGAGAUACUUGAACUAAUGAAUGCUGUACAACAGUCUCAGCAGCAAUCAGGAAAUGGAGUCAUUGUUUUUCAGUGCAGUGAUGGUAUUGGCCGCAGUGGCUGUGUAGCUACCAUAAUUUCAGUGAUCGAACGAGUCAAGAUUGAACAAAAAGUUGAUGUUUUCCAGACUGUAAAACUAGUUCGAGCAAAGAGACCAGGUGCUGUCAACACCCUUGAGCAGUACAUGUUUUGUUACAAAACAGUUCUGGCUUACUUAGACUCUUUCAGCACCUACUCAAACUUUGCGGAAUGUUAAAAAGCAUUGCAAAGUAUAAAACAGAUUUGAUAGAAAGAAGUGAUGCACAUCAUGGGUGUUUUUACGAAGCUGUUCUCUGCAUGUUUUUUUUUCCUCGUAUUCAAAUCUUUUGUUACAAAUUAUGUAUGCCUCUACGAGGAAGGCCUUUCCCUAUAAUAUUAAUGAAGGUUUUCCUUAAUUAUUUUUGUAAAAAGAGUAGUCCAGGUAAACGUACAGGUAUCUGAAGAGGUUCACUGUUUGAUAGCUGAUAGAUUUACAUCAGAUUUUGCUAUAGUAACUUGGGACACAGACAUGUGUCUCUACGGGGCUUAGGACAACGGCAAUUAUCGUACUUUUUAAGUUAUUCCAUUAAGAUAAAGAGAGAUAGGUAUAUGUAAAAUAAUUCAAAAUACAAAGGUAUCCCAUUAAGGAAAAGAGGAAUGUAUGUAAAUGGUUCAAAAGACAAAGUAUUCAUAAAGUUUAAUUUAUUACGUUUCAUCGAGUUUUGUGUUUUCUUAUAGGUUAAUGGUAAAGGAGAACCUUUUAUAACUUAGAUAUAUCAUAGUAUAUAUUCCUCUUAAAUGUUUCAUUAAAGCUUUAGAGGUGUCUUUACGUUUCAAAAGCGUUGAAUCAAAAAUGGAAGUUUGUCAUUUUAAUUUUAUAGUUUGGUUUAAUGGGACAGUUUGCCCUUUUUUUGCAUUUAAUUCCCUUACCUGGAGUUAAUUUUUCAUAAUGUUAAAUUCAUAAAUUAUACGAGAUGGUCACAUAACUUUAAAAAAAUAGUAUUUUUUUUCUCAGAAAUCAGAAAUAAUUUUGUAUAGAGUUAGAUUUUUAGUAAUAAAAUUAUAAACUAAUUUUGAUAACGAUAAAUGAAAGAUUCAAAGGUGUAAAGCGCAUUAAGUGGUCUGAUAUUCAGCCGUUGUAUAUUUUACUAAGGUAAAGGAUAGAAUUUAUAUAGAGUUGAGGAUAUACAUUAAUACAUUCAAUGACUGAUUGAUUGAUUGAUUGACUGAAAUGUGUUUAUAUAUUCACCCAUCUUAUAGUUAACAUUUCUAUCUACAUUGUGUGAAUUUUGGAGUGAUCGACCAGCAGUUUCUUAUUUAAUAUUCCUCUUAAGAGUUUGAACUGAUCUCGUUUAUUUUCAUUGCGUUCGACUGUUAGUUUAUGAAGAUGUAGUCAAAGAGAACCUUCACCGAUGAAACUAUCUGACGUUAAAGCAAAAGAAAAUAAACUGACUAAACCCAAUUCCUUGGUAAAUUCCACUACAGUUAUUUAUAGAAAAUCUCUCCGAAGGAAGUCUCUUAUCUGAGACAUCCGCAUGAAAGAUCAAUUCGAUCUGUAUUCUGAAUGAAUAUAAUAACGAACAGCGAAAAGAGAAGUUUUGUCGAUGAAAACGACUUAGCACUCUAUACGCUAACAUUUCAAGUUUUUGCUCGAUAAUUCAUAGUACAGACGUCUGGGGAAACAGAAUUCCAUUUUCGUUGAAAACCUUGCGGAAUCGCAUCUAUCUUCAUACAGAUGAGGAACGUCGUUUGAACUUAAGCUUGGCCUAAUGAGGCAGUAAUUUUGAAGAAAGUGACAUGUGGAUGGUUGAAAUUUUGAAAAGGUGAUAAGGAAAGGAAAUGGAAAAAAAAGGCACGAAAAUGUGUCACGAGAAGAAGGAGCUCUGAGCCAGAAAACGUGAAUAAAGGUGCGGACUUAUCCACCCGCGCCCACGCAACAUCUGCAUCCUUGCAGUGCGAUCGCUAUCUUGACUUCAAACAUGAGCGCGCGGUCUUUUUUCAAGUUCUCAGUGAGUAAAUGAAAAACCACAAUAAUGACACAUAUAAAAGCAUUGGCCAAUAUAACCAGCCCUUUUUUUAUAUUGUUACACAUUUUCUGUGGCUGUUAUGUCCAGGCAAAGUUCUUGUGAUUUAUAGCCUUUAAGUGACGUCGCGUUAACAUUUCAAAGAUAAUAAUGUUCAAACGCUCUUCUCAGUCAGGGUUGUAAAUAUAAUUUAUUGCUUAUUUAUCGUACCAAGCUACUUUUUAAAGAACAAAUAUCCUUUCCAAAGCAUGUAAGGGAAUGUGAAAAAACGAUUGAAUAAAUUUGGGUUUAUGCGUUUCA